AAUAUUAAAUCGAUAUUAAUUUCAAUAUUACUUGUGCUCGACUUCACAUUGACUUGAGUCUAGAUAUUUUGAUCUUCAUCUAGCAAUAUUAAUAACUCAUAAACUCAUCAUGACGACCAUGAUGGAUGCCUUUGUUCGUCGGUUCCAACUGUUAACAGAGCAAAGAGAAACUGGCGAUGAAUUAAUUAAGGAUCUUUUGAUGUAUGUCGAAACGGUCGAAAACGGUCUGCGACACGAAAAUGAGCGUCUUAAAAAAGAAUUGAACGAUGCACAUCUGGAUCUGGAUGAUUCGAGAAAAUCGAGAAGAGAAUUGCAAAUACAUUGGAAUUUGACCAGCCAACAUUUAGAACGAGCUAUCAACGAAAAUAGUAUUCUGCAGAAUCGAAAUCCCUACAUAAUAGCGCUAGUUGAUGCCGAUGGCAUGAUUUUCAAUCAGGAUCUCAUAAAUCAAGGGCUCGAAGGAGGUAAAAAGGCAGCCAACCUCCUCAGAGCAUCAAUACUCGAACAAUGUAGUGGACCUCAAACCGAGGAGAUUGAAAUCAUGGCAAAAGUCUGCGGAAAUUACACCGGAUUAUCGAAAGCCUUGAUGAGAGACGGCACACUUGAAAGUUUCGAAAAAUUUAAAGAAUUUACUCUAGGAUUCACCCAAGGAAAAGCACAUUUCGAUUUUAUAGAUGUUGGUCAUGGCAAAGAAAGGGCAGAUUCAAAGAUUAAAGAAUGUAUUAGAUGGCAUCUAAGAAAUUGGAAUUGCAAACAGCUAUUACUUGGUAUAUCAUUCGAUAGCGGAUACGCGCCAUUUCUCGACGAAGUAAUUACGCAGGACGAUCGAAAUAGAAUUACAAUAAUGGAAGGACCUCCAAUAGUCCGCGAGCUCUCUGCAGUUGGCCUCCGAACUCUCAAAUUCGAACAUAUAUUCCGCUCUCAAAAAUUGAUAGAUCGCACAACAGAAUUCAGUCAGGCAUCUGUUCCAUCAACCUGGGCAGGUGUCACGUCGAUUCCUCCACCCACACCACCUACCACUGUAGCAUCUCCUGCGUUGGGUAAAACCACUUCAACGGCAGUUAAGAAACCAGAUGUAACAAGUAAUGUUUUUGCUCGGCUCGGCUGGGUUCCGGGGCCGAGAGGACUGGAUCCUCCAAUACAUGUCAAGAAAGAUGUAUUGGAAGCGGUAAAACGACGUACAAAUUCGAAUAAAUUAUGUAACAACCAUUAUUUACGAGGGCCUUGCUCUAAAGGCGAUGAAUGUUGCUUUGAGCACGACCACAAAGCUACAGAGGAGGAAAUAAAAGCCAUUGCUUAUCUAACACGUCAAAAUCCUUGUGUCAAUGGCCAAGAUUGCGAUAACGAGGAAUGCAUUUAUGGGCAUCAUUGCCCAAGUGUGGUAAUCCCCAGCGUUGGGCCUAAGGAACCUACAUGUAUGGCAUUUGCUUGCAAGUUCUACAAGGAAGAUCACCCCCCAGGAACUGUCAUCAAGCAUCCCAAAAAGGAGUACGUUGAACGAUAUUAACCAUCUUUCAAUCUACCUUUCGGUCCAAUUCCCUUUACACCAUCACAUUUGGUUGCUUCUUGCUCGAGGACCUCAAGAGUUCACUGUUCUAUGGAUGGAUGGAUUUCUGAUUUGCCGAUGGAUACAAUUCUUGAUGGUCACAAAAAAUAGUUAUUAAUAUGAUCUGGAAAGGUCAAUUUUUAAUCGCGGUGGGGUAAUUUAGCUUGGAAUAGUGAAGGAGACUACAGACAUUCUUGCUUCAGUAUACUCACCACUCUUUAAUAUAAAUUUUGCUAGCUCUCUAGGUUACAACUG